UUUUUGAUAAUGUUGUGGAUGUGAACGUAAUUUGCCAAAAUGCACGCGCUGUUUGGUGAACAAAGCCCAUAUGCGUACCGUGGAGGCGCGACCGGCGGCUACUCCGCGGGUGUGACUCCUUAUGCAUAUGAACAGUAUCGUUAUGGUUAUGGUGCUCCUUAUCUACACCCACACCAACAACACGUCGGGACGCCUAAAGAUAUGGUCAAACCCCCAUAUUCAUAUAUAGCUCUAAUUGCAAUGGCUAUUCAAAACGCGCCUGACCGGCGGAUCACUCUAAAUGGAAUAUACCAAUUCAUAAUGGAAAGAUUUCCAUACUACAGAGAAAAUAAGCAAGGAUGGCAAAAUUCAAUCAGACACAAUCUAAGUCUCAAUGAAUGUUUUGUAAAAGUGGCGAGAGAUGAUAAAAAGCCUGGUAAAGGUAGUUAUUGGACAUUGGAUCCUGACUCUUACAACAUGUUCGAUAAUGGGUCAUACUUGAGGCGACGGCGUCGUUUUAAGAAAAAGGACGCUCUGAAGGAAAAGGAAGAAGCGCUAAAACGCCAGCAACAACUUCAACAAGCACAGGAAGCUCUUGCGGCACAAGAGGCACUCAGUGCGACAGAUGCGCUCGGUCAGCAAAGGGAUAUUAAACCCGACGUUAAACCGCGAAUAUUUGAAUGUAGACCUAAACGUGAACCUGGCGCUGAUUGUGCGCGAUUUGAGAAACCUAACGACGCACUGGAUGAGUUCAGCGAACCUCGGUUGCCUCCUUCUGCUGUAUACUGUUCACCACAACCCUACUCAUUAGCUGCAGAAGAAUUUCGAGCAGCCACUUCGGGGUGGUACGCGGCUCCAGAGCCGCCUGUUGAACAGCUACCACCAGCCUUCAGAGAUCUCUUCGAGCCACCGAGUUGUCAACUAGCGGGUUUCCGGAGCGGUUCGCCGGUGCCAGAUGCUUAUCGCGCUUCUCCACCGCCGCAUCACCACUACCGCACUCCCGCCCCGUCUUACUACCAUCACCAGGCCUGCGUCGCAGCUGCUCCCGCACCCGCUCAUAAGUCCUACUGA